AUGUCAGUAAACUUGUCACUGUGGGUGUCCCCUCCUGAUGACCCCCUAAACAUCUCCAUCCUCUCCCUGAGGAACUCCUCUCCCCCCUCUCCUUCCCCCUGGAAAGCUCCCUCCUUCACGGUUGCGGCUCAGUGUCGUGUCGCAGCCACUCUGGUGCUGUUUGUUUUUGCUGCCUGCAGUAACCUUUCCGUCUUGAUCAGCGUGUGCUGGGGGCGGGGCUAUCGCCUGGCUGCACACCUGCGCCCGCUCAUCGCAAGCCUGGCAUCAGCUGACCUGAUGAUGACAUUCGUGGUGAUGCCUCUGGACGCUGUGUGGAACAUCACGGUGCAGUGGUACGCUGGGGACAUCAUGUGUAAGCUGCUGUGCUUCCUGAAGCUGUUCGCCAUGCACUCUGCGGCAUUCAUUCUGGUGGUGGUGAGUCUGGACCGGUACCGGGCCAUCCUGCACCCUCUGGACUCUCUGGAUGCUGGCCUCAGGAACAGACGCAUGCUUUUAGUGGCAUGGACGCUCAGUCUGCUGCUCGCCUCCCCUCAGGUACAGAAAAGUCAGCGUUACUGGGGCAAAGUGGUGGGAGAAGGUACUUUAUAUUAGAGAUGGAACUUGGACCCUAUACAGGUUUAAAACUGAGAAGAAAGAGAUGUUCUCAAACUAAACUACUCUGAGCUGAGACUAUGCAGACUCACCUCAAAUGCAGCACGGUCACCUCACAAUCCUCCCUGAAGAUGAAGGUGCAGUCGAUUUGAGCUCCACUGCAACUUAUACUGUUUCUAAUAUUCUUUACUUCUUCACUUCCUAUAACAUUACCAAUACUCCUCAGACUAUUGCUGGUGCUGUCUUAGCUCUUAUUGCUCCUACUGUCACAGUCUCUGAUAUGACUAUAACCAAACCUAACACUUAAACAGCUCUUAAACGGUUCCUCACGUUUAUACUUGUCAGCGGUGUUGUGCAAUAUAUUACCAUUUUCUGUGGAGGAAUUUUUUUUUUUUUUUGAAGUGUGUCUCAGCAGAAGAUAUACAUGAAGUGUACCCAUGACGGUAAGAAGACCAAGACUGAGACCCCAGAGAUGUUUGACAUAUGUAGCAGUGCUGCUUUCCAACUUAUACUCAUGAAAUUUAACCUAAGGAUUAAAGCUACUUUUGAAUAUUUAGGAAAGGAAUUUGUUUAAACAUUUUCUCAGACUCAAUUAGAAUAAUGUUUAUGUACUUUCCAAAGUAGUGUGGUGUCUUUGAGGAAAGUGAAGUAACAUCUAUUACUGAUCAACAGAAAUCCCCCUCCGCUUCUGCAGGGAUUCUUUCUGUAAUGUUGUCAGACUCUGUACGAGCCUGUCAGGGACACAAAUCCAUCAAGAAUGAUGGUGCAGAUGUUACGGCCUGUUAACCUGCUGCAGGAUGAACACAUCUUCUGGAGCAAUUCUGAAACUUCAUGAGCCUUUUAGUCAUUUAGACCCUGAAUUCAGUUGAACAGAAAGUCCCAGCUUUAAAAAAUAAUUGAUUCCACCUUUAACGUGACGGAAAAGCUCUUAAUUCCAAAUGGCCCGUGAAGUAAAGGGCUACAGAGACUUUCUGGAUUCAUCAGUCGGUCUUCGACCACAUAUUGCAUCCUGGAGCUAGAAAUAAACCUGGACAGCAGAGGAACCUGUGAAAGGCUGGAUCUGAUCUGUCACUGAUAAAGCAGCAGGGUGAGAUGCUGCUCACCUGGACGUCAGCCUGAACUGAUAUCUGAUGUGUUUGAGAGCAGAUUACUGACCCUUUCCACAGUCUGCACUAUUCUGUAUUCCUAUUAAAUGUUCCAGUGACAGGGCUGUUUCCCAGCAUGCAUUAGAAACGAGGCAGGCUAUUUUACGCCGUGAAAAGGCCAAACUUGACGGACACUGAAUUCAAAGUAAACUGUCUGCAGGAGCAGAGCGGGCUACACAGAGAGCGAGAGAGGACAGAGGGUUUAAAGGCAGAGCUAUCUGUAUUCUACAUCGAUGCAGCUCUGUGCUGGACCUCAUCGAUCUCACUUGUAAUAAAAUGUUGUUUUCAGCAGUAAACCAUUUACUGUACGCCGAUAUCAUUACAAAAUCUACCCAGUUUAUCAACCAAUAUUGAUUUUCCCUUUUCCCAUUAUGCUGCAGCUGUACACUGAAGUUAGAGUUAGGAUCGGAAAAGCAGACUUUCCAAUCCUGCUUAAGAUAACAUUUACUAAAUCUGGCUGCACAUGUCUUAAAAAUACUGAUUUGACAAAACCUGGUUUCCGGCCAGGACAUGUGCAUAGUGUCCUUAGAUGAUCCAUAAUAUAAAUGGAAGUAGCACAGCUUUAAUGGAGCCUUUACAGAUGUGGAAGCUACCUAUAAGAUGGACUCUGAAGAUCCCCAGACCAUCAGGGAUGCUGGCUUUGGACAAGCCGACCCUCUACUCUUUAGAGAGGAGGGUGCAGCGUCCAUGAUUCCCAAAAAAGAUUGUCAGUUUUUGUUUAGUCAUACCACUCAACUUUGAUAAACACAAGUUUGGGGCUCUGUGGUUUAACCCAAACUCAACUGUGUUUAUGAAUUUAAAACCCGCUCUGACCCGCAGAUGCAUUUUUAAACUAGCAGGUUCAUCAUCUCUAACUCUAAACAAGAACUUUGUUGUUUUGAUGAGCAUCAAAAUAACUUUAAUGCUCAUCACACAGACAAAGAACAGCCUUUGGUUGGCAGUUCUUAGUCUGUUUUUGUACCUAAAGUUUGUUUAAUCAAAAACAAACUUUUCUGGUGUUUGUCUGUGACUGCAUGAAACUCAUCCGUCACCUCUCUUCACUCUCUUCAUCCUCAGCUCUUCAUCUUCCGGGCCAUUAAAGCAGACGGAGUGGACUUCACUCAGUGUGUGACCCACGGAAGUUUCCAGUAUCGGUGGCAGGAGACGGCAUACAACAUGUUUCACUUUGUGACGCUGUAUGUCGUCCCCCUGUUGGUCAUGACUUUCUGCUACACCCGCAUCCUCAUCAAGAUCAAUGGGCAGAUGCACAAGGGCAAAGGUGUGUGACUCUAUGGAGGUCCAGAAGGGACAUUUUUCAGACAAAUAUUCAAAGUGUAUACAACUUCUAAAAAAUUAAGGGGGACAAUCCAUAGGAAAAAGUCGUACGCUUUCGGACUUAAGGACACAUUUUGAGAAAAACUCAUAAAGCAGAGGAGACAAAAAGAAAGACACAAAAAGACAGAAAAUUUAACAAGAGGGUGAAAGAAAGAAAGAAAGAAAGAAAGAAAGAAAGAAAGAAAGGAUGGCCUGUUUUAUAGCUGUAGGAUGAACACAUCUUUAAAGAAAAGUUGAAAUCAGAUUUAUAAACUCUGAUUUAUAGCAGCAGCUCUCAUGUCUGUGGCUGCAGCUGACUUUAGAAACCCCCCUCGGUGACAUUUUAUCUGUCUGUGUACUCCAUAAGAAGUGUCAGGUUAUUUCAUCAUGGUGUUAUAUAAGCAUAUUGCACCUGAUGGUUAUUAUUUUCUCGUCAUCUAGGCUUUGUCUUCACUAUCGCCUGUAGCACUCAGACUAAACACAAACAGGUUCCCAGUGUUUGGACCCCAAGGUUCCAGACGUCUGUUAAUAGAAGAGAGAUUUAUUGAUGGUUUUAGAGUGUAGAGGGGCUCUGAGGUGUUGGUUUUGUAGCCUGGCUGGGAUUUUCAGUGAGUGGUUGUAUCUUUCGCCCUCUUACAGUAACAACUCUUUAUACUUUGGGGAGUAGCACUGACGGUUUAUGGUCUGUUUUCCCUUAAAUGGAGCCAUCGAGUUAUUUAUUUGUCCAUAUGGGCCCUUCAUGGAUACUGAGGGCUAAAAUGCAGGGAUCCUGUCAAGUUAUCUGAGAACAACCUAUUUAUGUCCUUACAGAUCCAGGAGGUCAGCUUUAAACCGAAGCUGUUUGGUUGGAGGUUCAAUUUCUCCAUGUUUUUUUUCUUCUGUUGUUUCUGCAGAGGGCGAGCACUGCCUGAGACGCAGCGGUACUGACAUGAUACCCAAAGCUCGGAUGAAGACCCUGAAGAUGACCAUUGUGAUCGUCAGCUCCUUCGUCAUCUGUUGGACCCCUUACUACCUCCUGGGGAUCUGGUACUGGUUCCAGCCCGCCAUCAUCAAGCACACGCCGGAGUAUGUGCACCACAUACUGUUUAUCUUUGGGAACUUGAACACAUGCUGUGACCCGGUCAUCUACGGUUUCUUUACCCCGUCCUUUCGAGCCGACCUGGCUGAUGUGUUGGCAUGCUGCCGCAGUCGACGAUCUAACAAUGCUUCGCCGCGCUCUGUGGACCGUCUGUCCGGUCGAUGUCAUGGAGCUGGAGUGGAGAUGGAGUCAGAUUUGAGCUCUAAUCCACACAGUGGAAACCCAGCUUAA